AUCUAGUCAUUUGUAAUUGUCUAUGUUUUUUUGCUGUUAUUUAUUUUAUGAGAAUGGUUUUAUUUUCGAUAUAUCAAUUCAGUUUUUGAUAUUUUUACAGUGUACUGAAUUAGUUAAAUGUACACAAAUACACAUUUAUUUCAGUUUAAUACAGAUGGUAAGUCAGAUAAUGUUCAUUUUCCUCGUGGUGAUCGCGUCAGCGCUAUGUCAAUUAUUCGAUGACAGCCAGUAUUGCGCUGUCAGAUACAGAAGGCUGUGUCAAGGCAAAGGGCUUCAUGUUGCCUGCCAGUUUCCAAACGCUGGACCGGGUUCUUCUUGCGAAAACUACACCGCCAUCGAUUUCGGUAACAAAUUACAGCACUACGUUACACAUUUUAUAAACAGACGACGUCACCGUAUUGCCUCUGGGGUCGAAAGAGUGCGCGGAGGUAUCUUACUUCCGAAACCAGAACUCAUGAUGUUGGUGGAAUGGGAUCGCGAAUUGGCAUUUCUAGCACAGCGUCUGUCUGAUCAGUGCCAGUUUGUACACGAUGACUGCAGAGCUACUGUCCGUUACCCAUACGCUGGACAGUCAGUGGGGGAGGUGCGUUGGCGUAAGUCCAGAGACACGGAUGGGUUAAUAGCGCAACGAGCAGUCAGACGGGUUUUAGAGGCGUGGUGGGGGGAAAAGAGGAGAGUGACUCCGAAACAGCUGACAUCUCCAUUUAGAUUGGCGUCAAGAGGUGCUGUGUGGGGCCACUUCACCCAGCUAGCAGUGUGGACGCUGCGGGCGGUAGGAUGUGGUGGGGUGCGCCAUGGAUCUUCCUACCCUCGUUUCCUGUUAGUCUGCGACUUCUCGCACACGAACAUGUUGGGCCAGAGAACCCUCACGCCUGGGCCUUUAGCGCUCUGCCCCGGACAUACUUCAAGAAAACCGCGGUCUGCUUAUCCUUUGCUCUGUGGACCGGUCCGUCGUUCUCCUGGUCCAGCAACGCAUGUCGCAUCCGAGGAUUACGAAGCCGAAUAUGAAGGGCCAGAUGAAUCAGAACCAGACUUCCUCCCACCGAGCUUGUGGUCACGACAUGAUCGCGUGUACAACGAAAGGAUACAACAGAAUGAUGUUAAGCACGAAAACGGCUUAUCUAGACCUUCAAACGUACCGGCAUCUACCAUGAAGACGUUUGGUGAAAGCGAUGAAAGUGACCAUCGAAUUAUGGAAAUCAAGAAAUCAAUGUACAAAAAACCAAAUUCGUCAAUUUUCAGUGGUAACAAUGAAAACGUGGAGAUGCGAACGAUCAGCGCGCGUGAUCGAUACAAAAUAUCUGCCGUACACAAUCCUGCUUUGAUUGACAAUUACAGACCGACUGUCAUUCGCCAUCCUUGUACGAAACACCAUUGGAAGCAGACGAGAGAUCGACCUAGGAGGCCCGGUGCGAAUGCUUUAUUGAACUCUCAGUCAACGGUCGCGGCUCGUCACACACGGCUUUUGUCAGCGGUUUCCUUAAUGUUGGACAAGGAUGGCGCAGAUCAGCUGUUCAGGGAUACGGGUUUUAGUGUUGCCUGGAAGAAAAAUGAAGGAUAAUUUAGUAAAAAUCAAGAUUUUGUUGAAAGAAAAAAA